UGCACAUGGCGACGCGUGCAUCUUAGCCAUAAAAUUUAAGUAAACAUCGAACAUUAGAAAACUUCGUAGUUAAUCGUUAGAUGAUUUUUUGUUAACAGUUCAAAGCCCGUGCCUAAGCCCUAGUUUAGUGUUAUCAGAAAACACCAGUUUGGCUCAUACGUCACAUUAGUUUAAUAUCGUGACGGCCAGUCGCAUUAGUUUUUGCAAAUUGAGUAAAAAUUUUUAGAGGGGCUAAUGAAUGAAAGUCGAAAUUAUGUGAGGUUACUGAUCAGCAUUGUAUUUUUACUCCGAAAACAAGUUAUUUUUGGAUGCCAGCAUUGACACCCCCCACCCUCGACCUUCAUUUAUUACUAUGCUAUAAUGUGCACUCUACCCCCAUAUUUUAAUGUAAUGUGACAAUAAGGUUUAAUAAGACAAUGUAAGUUUUAAUGAUAAAUUUUAAUUAUGAAAUACACCUUACAAUCAUUACUGCCAAAGAACUUGUCAACAUAUUUGUAUUUAAGAAAGUGUUCUUGUGUAGGCAGUGGUUAAUAGAACGCUUAUGAAACAAUUAGCUAAAAGACUUGCAAUGGGUGUGACAUAAUAAACAAAAAUGACGGAAGAGACUCCUAUACAAAUUAAUGGUUGCAUUCCUAAAGUUGUGAAUUCUUGGAGGUCACGAUUAACUACAUUAAACACUGGACACCGAAUUCACCCUUUGGAACCAGUACCAGCGAAUAACUGCGAAUAUAUUGUUAUUGAUUCAAAAAUUAGAAUUAGGGUUAUUCACGUCAGUCCUGAGAAUCAGAGGAAAUGUUUUACAAUCCCUAAAGAAUUUUUAUCCAAAAGAAGCUCACUUUCUGAAGAAUAUUGGUUUACUCACAACAAACCAUUGCGAUCUGCAAAUUGCAAUUGCUCUUUUAGAAGGUCUCUUAGAUAUUCGGUCAUAUCCAAUGAACCUGUUCCUUUAAAUGAGGCUUUCAAACAAAGUUACAGUUUAAGAAAUCCUCAAUGGCCACCAACAAAAAUUAAAGAUGUAGAAACGUUUGUGCAACACUUAAUUCAAGAGACUUUUUAUGAAGCCUUUCAAGAAUAUUACGCAAGACAUAAAGAGAGUGGAGAAGUAAAUGCAGCUUAUGAGACAACCGAAGCUGACGGAAUUGUUACUUUGUUGAAAAAAAAGACACCAGUUACAGAAAAGCCUCAAGGCAAUGCAAAGAAGCAAUGUGUUCAUAAAAGAAAAACCCAGAAACAGUUAAUUUUUAUGUUGCAUGGGAUUGGAGCGUCUGCGGAAAUUUGGAGUGCGUUGAUUUCAAAUUUAUCUUCUAAAGGCUUUGAAGUGGCAGCACCAGAUAUGCUGGGUCAUGGUUACAGUUCAGCUCCGAAAAAGUCCAGUUAUUAUACAUUCAAGAAUUUGCUUUUGCAAUUAAUAGAAAUUUUUGAUUACUAUAUGGGAAACGACAAGAAACGAAAAUGUAUUUUAAUAGGCCACUCUUAUGGAUGCAGCUUAAUAACAGCGCUAUAUCCUCAUCGAGCCUUACAAAUAUCGCAACUUAUCCUCCUCAGUAGUGGAGGACCGACACCAUUGGCCCCACCAGCCGGUGUUAAUCAAAUUUCUCCCUACGGAUGCGUACAUAAUGUCUUUUAUCCCUUACUUUAUUGUGGAUUGAAACGGAGUUUUUUUUACUCAUCCAGAGGAAAACACUUCACUAAUUGUACAAAAGAGUCCGCGGUGCCAAAUUAUAUAUUAGAUUUUUUUAUUAACGGACAAAAUUGGCCCGAAGGAGAUGCCGCUUUUCAUAGGAGAAUCAUGGCUCCCACUUUGUUGGUGCACGGAUUGCAAGAUACAAAGAUAAACCUAGUGCAAGAGUGCGAAAUGGAGAGGACUAUUCCUCGAGCUUUUCUGGAGUUGAUCCCAAAUGCAGGACAUUUGUCGAUGUUAGAGACACCAGAACAAUUAACCCACAUGAUACUCUGUUUUCUGGAUAUGUUUAGCUGACAGCUUUGCACCAAUUUUUUACAAUUAUUUUACCAAAUAUAACCCAUAUUCAUUCUUACUAUUUGAUUGAUUUCAAAAUAAUAAAAUUAUUCUAAAUGAAAUUAGUUGUAAAAUAGUACUGGACUGUGAUGUAAUGUCAAAAUUUCCUUACUAUUACAUUUUUAGACUGAAUUGUCGUAAGUUUAUAUUAGAUUUAAGAGUGUUGCGUCAUUGUUUUUAUUUGCUUCCUCCUCCGUCCAUUUUUUUAAAUUUUAGCAACACAUUUGUUAGUUCUAUUUUUAAAUA